AUGGAAUCGACAGAUCAUGCUUUGUCUGUCGUAAAGACCGAGAAGGACGACCAAGAGCUGGAGAUGGAGCAUGAAGUACAGGAGCUCUUCUCCGAGCUCAUGGCGGAUGGCAUGAAUGGGAGUGCCAUCUGCUUGAGCAGCCCCGACGACUCCGAAGCCAACAGCAAGAGCAGCAGAGCCGACCAGUCCAAAGCCGACAGCAAGAGCAGCAGAGCCGACCAAACCAAAGCCGACAGCAAGAGCAGCAGAGCCGACCAGUCCAAAGCCGACAGCAAGAGCAGCCGAGCCGACCAGUCCAAAACCAACAGCAAGAGCAGCCGAGCUGACGGCAGUGGAGACGACCAGCCCAAAGCCCACGACAAGGGCAGUGGAGACGACCAGCCCAAAGCCGACAGCAAGGGCAGUGGAGACGACCAGCCCAAAGCCGACAGCAAGAGCAGCCGAGCACCAACUGCCAUGAACCCACCGAGUGCAUUCAAGAGCCUUGCAACGACACAGCUCCCGCCCGCAGCUCCUGCAGCCACAGCCCCACCCUCAGCAGCACGGGCCCCGCACCCCGCAGCAGUUCCCGCAGCCACAGCAGUGCCAAAGCCUUCAGCCCCGCAGCUUGCAACAGCUCCUGCAGACACAGCAGUGCCACAGCUCUCGGCCACAGCCCCGCAGCUUGCAGCUCCGCAGCUUGCAACAGCUCCUGCAGCUCCAGUGCCGCAGCUCUCUGCCGUAGCCCCGCAGCUUGCAACAGCUCCCGCCUGCACAGUGCCACAGCUCUCCGCCACAGCCCCGCAGCUUGCAACAGCUCCCGCCUGCACAGUGCCACAGGUGUCGGCCACAGCCCCGCAGCUUGCCACAGCUCCCGCAGGUGCAGCAGUGCCAGAGCUCUCGGCCACAGGCCCGCAGCUUGCCACAGCUCCCGCAAAUCCAGCAGUGCCAGGGCUCUCGGCCACAGCCCCGCAGCUUGCCACAGCUCCAGUGCCACAGCUCUCGGCCACAGCCCCGCAGCCUGCCACAGCUCCCGCAGCUCCAGUGCCACAGCUCUCGGCCACAGCCCCGCAGCUUGCCACAGCUCCCGCAGCUCCAGUGCCACAGCUUUCCGCCACAGCCCCGCAGCUUGCCACAGCUCCCGCAGCUCCAGUGCCACAGCUCUGGGCCACAGCCCCACAGCUUGCCGCCACAGCUCCCGCAGCUCCAGCCCCGCAGCUUGCCACAGCUCCCGCCUGCACAGUGCCACAGGUGUCGGCCACAGCCCCGCAGCUUGCAACUCCCGCAUGGCUCUGUGCCACAGCCCCACAGCUUGCAGCAGCUCCCGCAGCUCUAGCAGUGCCACAGCUCGCCGCCACAGCCCCGCAGCUUGCAGCAGCUCCUGCAAACACAGCAGUGCCACAGCUCCUGGCCACAGCCCCGCAGCUUGCAGCAGCUCCUGCAAACACGCUCCCGGCCACAGCCCCGCAGCUUGCAGAGCGUCCGUCUGAGAAUGCGAUCGACAGACGCAUCCGGCGGAUCAUGGCUCCCAAUGCCAACGGGUCGUUCAAAGUGGCAGAAAGUGUGCGCAAGCUUUGGGGCGACCUGGCCACCAGGGACCAGGUCGUGCAGAUGUUCAGCGAGUGUGCAUGGGAUCCGGACGACAGGGCCGACAUCAACCGAAUGGUCCAGCGUGGCAAGAGCGAUCCCGAGAAGUACAUGAGGUGGCACACGUACAAGGCCGACACGCUGACAUACUUUGUGGAGAAGAAGGUCGAGGGCCACUACAAGGAGCGAGCCAGAGCAUCCUCGACACAGUCACAGGAGCUCGAAAUUCGGGGUGGGCAUGGAGAUGCCAGCAUGUCGCUGGAUGUGAGUUCGGUGAUGAUGCAGCCCCAAGGGUCGGUUCCUACGCCGAGUGAGCUGUCGAACCCAGCCCGCCUGGCCACCCUGGAUUCUGCAGAACUCCAAAAGGAUGCUGUAAAGGUGAUAACGGAGAUACAGGACCAGAUCAACAAGCACAAGAAAACGCUCAAGGACCAGGGCAAGCUCACGACGACCUUGGAAAGGAUGGAUGCCAAGCUCACAGAUGUGUACAAUGCUGUGGAGACAAAGAUUGCAGCAAUGGAGGAUCUCCACAUGACCGGUGUCGUAGAAGGAUGGGAGCAGAGUCGGGAUUUGCAAUUAAAUAUAGAAUUCGGAUUUAGGGUUUAG